AAGGGCUGGGCUUCCAAACCCGAAGGAGCCUCUCCGUCUUCGUCGUCGUCGUCGACGACCUCCACAAUCGUUUUGGGAAGCAUUUGCGACGUAAUGCAUGCGAUUCCUUAGCGCAAUCAGGUCACACCCUGUAUGUUAGUUUUGAAUUUGAAGAAUCGUUGAUAUGUGGGGUGUUGUGGGGGUGAUUCUGCAUCGAAUAUUAGGGGCAUGUGUCUAGAUAGCAUUGGGACCUUUGAGAAAUCGAUGUUUCUUGCGAGGAGAUUCGUCGCAGUGCAGGUUCUGUGUUGGAGGUGAACAUGAGAAGUUUCUGCUUUGUCAAAAGAAAAGAAAAGAAGGGACAGAGAAAAGAGUGCAUGAUCAUAAAGUAGUACCCUGGGCGUGGACUGGAGUGUGUAUGCUUGGUUAAUGCAGAGCCAAGUCCCAUGGGAGCAGCAGCUGGCCCUGCAGUCGCCAUAGGAGACUGUGAGUCCUCUCCAACUGGGGCUACAAUUGAGAAUGCUCAAGUUGGAAAAUUCGCUGAAGUCGUUACUUUGAGCGGCCGUUCUGUUGCCACAUGUGACCUUUACUGCACGACAAAUUAUGAAGCAGUUUCGGGAUUAAUUGAAUGAGCGUUUGCAUUUUGAGUUGGCUUGGGAGGAGCCCAGGAGGAGCGCAGAAAGGAGUUGGAGUUUUAGAGGAGGUGGUUAUGCUCUGCUCCUGGUUGUCGGCGUAUGUGAUAACCUCUAAGCCUUGCGGUAUUCAUCGUAAAUUCCAUGAAGUUAAAUUUGACGAUGGUCGAUUUUUAGGGGAGCAAUGAAUGUCAGGCUUUGUGGACUUGCAGCCAUUCUUCGAGUCUGUUGCAUGUUGGGGAGUAAUUCUGUAGCUUUAGAACCAUAGCGAAUGGUUGUUUCGUUAUUGCCAGAAGAAUGGUACCGUGUUCCCUUGGCAUACGUUUGGUAGAGGAGUGAUGUUCUUUCUGGUGACGUGGAGAAUGGAGCUAUGGUGAACAUGAGUUACCAAGUUUUGUCACAUCAGAACACACAUGCUCUGUCAAGCAAGUGGAAUGGAUUAGCUAGUAGCCAGCAGUAUGAGCCCGUGGGCGAAAUCAUAGCAAGAUGUGGGCCGGUCUUGGAGCAGCACGCAAGUGAGUUGAGCUCCAGGGACAAAGCUUCAGCACCUUCUGUUCAGGCCAUACAGUCCUUCGAUGUUCGAGUUGAUUCCCGUGUUGGCGUUACAGAGAGAAUUUCCGAUAUUUCAUCUCUGACUUUCAAAGACCGUUCGAAUGAUCUAGCGGACAGACAAGAGACUCAUGGGCUGACAGUCGCCUCUUGGGAGAGGUCCAUCCGUGAUGCAGGUGCUAAUCGGGUAGGGGGUUCAGCUGCUGAAGACGUGCACACAAAUGCCUCUGAGAUCGUUGAAGGUAAUGUAGGAACUGUCGAGCAGGCGACGGAGAGACGAGACAGGGUGGGUUCUAUGUUGUGCCUCCCUAGGGUCGAUGUUGGUAGGGUGUCCGAUUCAGCAGCAAGCUUGCGGGGAUCUUCGAAUGAUAUUAUGCCAGAGAACCACAGAUCCGAGGCACAGAGCGUGCAGGGAAUGCUGGAGUCUUGCAUUCAAAGUGCUGUGGAUGGUUUGAGUGGCGCGUUAGCGCACAAAGAUGGGCGGAUAGUGAAGAAGGCCGCCUUUUCAAGGGGAGGCAAUAAAUUGAAAAUGGCGCACAGAGGAAGGGUAGGAGUGGACGCGAAGAAGGGCAACAAUCAUCACUUGAGUUUGAACUCGGAGGAAGGCGUGUCGGAAGACAGGACCAACCACCUCGCAACAGAGGCGGAGUCAAGGGGUCAGGGUAACAUUGGUGCUCAUCCUCAGGCACUUAGAACGGGGGUCCAAGCUGGUGCUCCUAGGAUCAUCGAACUGUCGACAAGUAUUUCUGGUGCAUUAAAUUGUAUGUAUCCAGGGGUGGUUCUGCCAUGGGAGAAGGGACAAGUUUCAGCAAUACAAUCUGAAGCUGACCGACGUAACGCCGAUCUUACGAAUAAACUGGCUAAUAAGGCUCGCGAAGACUUCAUUCUCGAAAAGGCUGAGCAUCUGAAGGGGAAAAGGAAGCUAAUCGAGGAGGGGAGGACUUUGAAGAAGAUUGCCGAACUUUCGCGGCGAAAGUCGCAUUGGGACUUUGUGUUGGAGGAAAUGAGAUGGAUGGCCAACGACUUCUGGCAGGAGAGGAUGUGGAAGAGGUAUCAGGCUGCCCAUGUUUGUCUGGAAAUUGCUAUGAAGAAGGGGGAAGACGAGUUUUUGGCAGCACGUUUGCUCAAGGAGCAACGCAGAAUCUCGAACGUUUUAGCUCAUGCCGUGAAGGAUUUUUGGCACAGUGCAGAAGUUGAAGCUACCAAGGAAAUAACCGGAACUAGAAUUUCCACAAAAGAGCAAUCCAAGAGAAGGAGUAAUGAGACUGAAGUUAUUCCAAUGGAAGUGGAUUCUUUUGUUAAUGAGGAGGAAUCUUUGAAAUCGGUGCAUAUUGAGAAAGCUGGAAACGAGAAGCCAAGUGGGUUACAGAAGUAUGCUAUUCAGCUUUUGAAAGAAUCAGGAUUCGCCUGGAUAGGGCAAGCCGAGGUCCCUUCGACUCCCAAGCGUUAUCGAGAAAGCAUCAGCAUUCUGGAGCAAGUUCAUGAGGUACCAUUGUUUUACAAGGUACCGGUUGGAGUAAUGGAAGCUUAUCGAAUAGCAGUGGAAGCUGAAUACGCUAGGUCCGAGAAGGAGUAUGAAAAGAGGCAGACAGUUUCAAUCACCGAGGCGGGGGCUCUGGCUGGUGCGGAAGCACCUGAGGAAGCAGGCGCGAGAGGGGGUGUGAGCUAUAGAAAUUUCUUGAAUGAUGGAGGUUCUCAGGAAGACGAACCUACUGCGUUUACUAUUGAAGGAUCUCGUAUAGCGAAGAAGAAACGGAGGAAGGUAUUUAAAACGGGCAGUGUUGAUGCAAAAAGCAAUGGCAGUGGGCUACAAGGACUUUCAUAUCGAUUGUCAGGUGUUCGGAGUUCAGAGUUGGGCAUACCCUCACCUCUUGUAGCGGAAAAACUUUCCAUUUGUGGAGAUUUGGGACCGAACAGUUUAACUGGAAGCAUCCCAGUGAAGCGCGCGCGGUCAUCAGCAGCGAAUUCACGACCACGUGGCACACAUUGUGGCACAUCUCCAGGUGCAGUUGGACUUCCGGCACAGAAGGGGUUUGGGUUGUCAUCUCAGCAAGACGAUGACUUGCCCAUGGAUGAUUCUAGUGAAGGUGAUAUCAAUAGCGACUCACCCAGUAGCGAAGUGGUUGGAGGUGACAGUAAGCAGAGGAAGAAAAAGAAGACCAAGUCAUAUCAAGGCCUGUCGUUUUACGAUGUAGGCAAGUCGGUAAAGGAUAUAGUUGGAAUUGCCUAUGAUCUUCGACCCGAGCAGGGGAAACGGAAUGCAGAGACGCCUUGGGUAACUAUUGGUGAAUCCGAUGGAGUUCUCAAUGCACUAGUCGCGUCAGGGUCUCCAAGCAUAUCAGGUCAGAAAAACUCGAAGAAACAGAAGUCUGUGAGGCAGGCGGAAGAAAACCUCGAUACAACCGACACAUCUGGUUUGCACAGCGAGCAACAAGUUGCCUCUGGAGUGAGUGUAAAUUAUUUAAAUAGACACACCAGCAUGCGAGACGGUCAUCGGAGGGUCCGACCGAAAAAGGCACUGCAUGUUCUGCAGGUUCUUUCUAGUACCCUGACGGGAGUGGGAAUUCCUUGGUCAGCUAGCGAAGAUCAAGCUAUUCUUGCGCUUGUGAUUGAUUUAGGUCCGAAUUGGGAACUCGUAAGUGACGUGUUGAGUUCGAAUUCGCAAUUGAAGGGUAUUUACCGUAAACCUCAGCAGUGCAAAGAAAGGCACAAAGCACUGAUGGAAAGAGUAGGUGUGGAAGAGUUGGAGAAUUCGGAAGAUCCUACCUCAACGCAGCAGCAGUUCGCUAAAGGCAUCGUUCGGGACUCGCGGGGUCAGUGUGCAGCAGAGGAGGAUACCCUGAAGCACUUUCAGCAAAUUAUCAUAAUUGUGCAAAAGUAUGGUGCUCAAAAAACUCCGAGUGAGUGUAAAGAUCAAAAGCUCUUGCAAUCUUCACAUCCUUCUCACGAAGUUGUCAUCUCUCAGUUCUGUUACAAUGUUCCUCCUGAUCCCGUUCAAUUGGCGGACUGGGUGACGAGCCCUGGCGACGGUUUUACUCCACACCUAGCACAUGGUUUCCAGGGAAGUGUGGCGGGGGCUCAAAGUGUUGGACCAAUUCCUGGACUUGGAAUGAGACCUUCAGCAGGUGGACAUCCUCUCCCCCCUGUGUUGCAAGCCACAAAUAGUUCGCAUCUGGUAGGAGGUCCCGUGUCCCCUGCGUUUAUGAGCACUACUGCCUCUAGGGAUGGUCAAAGGUUCACUGUGAACUCUACAAACCCUCCCAACGAAGAGGAUGCAAAGUUGCAAAUGGCGACAAGCAAGCUAACGGAGUUCGAUGCGCGGCGAGUACAACAGCAGGCUGGUUCAGUUGCAUCAGGAUCACCUGUCCUUAGAGGUCUGUCAAAUUCGAAUGGACUUCUCAUGUCGCCGAGCAGUACAAGUGGGGCAAUGGUGACAGAAUUGAACUAUGGACUGUCCCUUCCAAGAUCAGGUUUAGGAUGCUUGAAUGCAGCUGGUUUGAACGGGAUGCUCACUUCAUCAGGGAAUUUCGUUGGAUCCAACAGAACGAGGAGAAUCGCAGGGCUGGUGAAUUUGGCACGGAGCUGCACGGAGGAACAACGGUUGUUGGUUCUUCAAGAGCUUCAGUCGUUGGCUCAACAAGGCGAAACACAAGCCGCUUCUGCUCUAUCUAGCCUGAUGGGUGAUAUGACAAAUGCAGUGGACGGGUCAAACCAGCAGUCGUUUGUACAACACCAACAAUCACUUCAGCAGCAACAACAGCAGCAGCAGCCAGGACAGCAUCGACAAUUGCAACAUCAUCAUCAGCAUACGAGCAACUCCUCGACCAAAUUGCAAGCACAAAUGCAGCAACACAGUCAGCCGCUACCAGUAUCCUCGCAGAGUUAUAAUGCGGGACUCACUCGCAUGAAAGAUCCGCAACAGCAGCAACAUCAGAGACAGCAGCAGCAACAGAAGCAAAUAUUACUCAGAGGUCAUCCAGCUAUUUCACAAGCCCAGCACAUGGUGGUUUCUCCCCUUCAACCGGGGGUACCCAGCUUCUCUUCUCAGAACUUGAACCCACAAUCCCACAUACUCUCUCCAAAAGCACACAAUACUCUACAAAAGCAUUUAAUGCAGCAAGUUAGCGGUCCUUCACAGGGGUCCCAAGUUUUGGAUUCGGCAAACAUGCAGUCAUCCCUAGCUUCUCCAGCUGGAUUAGUGCAGCAGAAUAAGCCCGAUGUACAGAUAACUCAAGAUGAUUCUGGAGACAAGGAUUCACAGCCGAAACAGAUGCAGAAGCAAGCGCAGCAGACAACCCAGCAAGUUGUGCAGCAGCAGGAUUUGAGGAAUGGGAAGGGUGGGAUUAGAGGGACGCAGUUGAUGCAGGGUGUUUCUCCUCAGACAGGACCAGGGCAGGCAAACACCUUGUCUGGCAAUGUGAUUGAUCAAUUGCAAGGUGAAGCAGGCGGGCAGCUACAAGCAGGACAAAAAGUUGUAGGUCAAUCUGUAGGCCAAGCUGCUAAGGCAGCGAGCGGACCUCAGGUUGGAACCGUCCCAGGCGGUUCGCAGGGUGGUCAAGUUGGUCAAGUACAUGGAGUGCAAUCACCAAGUGUAUCGUCCGUAGUGGGUUUACAGAAGGUGUCCCAGCAAGUCCAACAAGCUGCGCAGGGAGUAAUUAACAAGGCAGAACAGGGAAGUCUGCCGCAAGCAGGUGGACAAUCCAGUGGUCAGCAAGCUGGUUCAGGCGCUAGUUCAAGCCAACAGGCGGUAUCGACCGCGUCUCCGGUCGGUCUAACGCAACAGUGUCAACAGUUAUGGGGUCGUCAUGUUGCGCAGGCGGCAGCGCCUCGAAGAUUGCCAAUGCGACAUCCUAGCAGUAGCGUGGGUAUGCCGAUGCCGGGUCAGCUCGGCAAAACGGUUGUAAAGCAGACGAGUGCACAGCAGACGGGACAGGGUGGUCCUUCCCAAAUGACACUGCAGGCCGGACAGAAUCGGUAUCAGCUGGGUGGGACAAUUCCGAUGGGCAUGAGCGACCCGAACUUUCAUUUCGUUGGCUUACCAUCUGUUUUGAACUUGAGCACAGGUGAAGCGCAGGGCUCCCAAUGGAAAACCAACCAGGCAAUAGCUCAUCUACCUGGACGAAUGUACAAUUUAACACGCACUAGCAGUUCAGUGUCUGGUCAAUUUCCAAUGUUGGCAAGUUCAACCAUGCACUCAAAUGGAAACACUGGUAUGUCGUCGCUGGCUGGUUCAGGUAUCCAAGGUGUGGGUUUAGGGAGCAUGGCGCGAGGCGUGGGUGGUGUGCAAGGCGACCCAGGGUUAGCGAACCUUAAAGUAGGAGCAGGUCCAGGGAUGAACGGAAGGGGCUUUCUAGGGUCACAGGUAGGUAUUAUGGGUGGUCAAAGAAACCCGGUGAAUGGUUCAGUGGGCGAUCCUGCAGGCGUAGGCAGCACACCAAGCAGCCAUGUGAAUCCUCCCGCAGGCUCUUCGAUGCCGGCCAGCCGAACUAGUUCAAGUGCAGUUGGUGCUUCACAAUCUGGAGUUGUUGAAUCACGUCAAGGCGUGUCUACACACUUUUCUAAUCCGGCCGCGAGUAGCGGGCAGAUGCGGCAGACACAUGGAGGACAUCCCACCGCGUCGUCUUCUAGUUUGGUAACCUCGUCCGAAAUGGCUGGCGCUUCAGGUACAAGUGGGAUCACGAAGAGCAGCAUUCCGGGUUCUGGAGUCGAUCAUAAUCCUCCAGCUGCAUCGAGGGAGGCAGGGACAGCAUCCUCGUGAUAGGACCCGUUUCUCGUAGGCUUUUGUCAAGCUCAAAUUGAGUGUGCAGCAUGAUUUUAGCAGUAUGCGGCUCUUACAGGGUAGUGCGUUGGUCAGCCCAUUAGCAAGGAACUGGAGGCGCACAGAUUCAGAACGGAGUUGUACACUGGAGGCGGGCUUUUGCUGUGUCGCUCAUCAUCCUGUAUGGUGCGGAACUGGACGAAGCGAAAGGAAGUCCAACUUUGUCAUUGAUCAGCACCAAUUUGUACAUUAUCGUGCCCAGAAGCUGGGCUCUGUGUACGCACUUUUGAGUGCGACGUAUUCUAGCAUUUGCUACUGCAGAUUGGCUCUAUGUAAAAAAAAACUCUCUUGUUUUAAUAUAAGAAUUUUCGAUUUUUUCUA